UGUUGGAGCGAGAUAAGAUGUGAGGGAAGUGUGAGUGCAGGCCCAAGACGGAGAGGGAGGGAGCCGCGCGCUUCUUGAAGGAGUGGUCGAUCGUCCGGAGUCAUCGGUACACACACAACCACGCUCUGCUGCCGUCCUGGCGUGUCUACACGGGAUUAUCUACACAGCUGCUGCCAUGUGUGUGUAAAUAAGGAAAACCAUUGAUAUUAGAUACCUCAUGUUGCAGGACGUUACAGUGAUAAGCCAAACGUACUUUAGUGCAACAAUGCCCACCUAUACCUCAGGGGAUCGCUGACUAGUGCAGGAAGCGUACAAAACAUGUCUUAAAGUUUACGAUGUCUUGAAGAGCAGGUGGGGGGCAGUGUUGUGUCCUAAAUUAAGGUGGUGUGUGUGAGGAUGCUAGAGGGCGUCGGAAUGCCCCUGGUGUACAGCACAGGCGGGGCAGCGGGCCGCGAGCAGAGACGCCCAAUGUGGACACAACAUGAGAAGGCGGUACUGAGACUUCUCAUGCGACAGUACGCUGGUGUUACUGAGUUCGACCCACCGGACGUCCAUAAACACCCCAUCAGGAACGAGAUGUGGCGGCUCCUGACGGCGAGAUAUAACGCUCAUCCACACGUCAGGUCCCGCGACACAAAACAACUAAGAAAGGCGUGGGAGAAUCUCAAGUAUCGCGCACGCAAAUUGGGUUCAGAAAGUCAGAGAAGUGCGAGACAGCAGAACAAUAGCGUUGAGUCAAGUUGGCCUCUUGAUGGUGUGACGCUGCCCGGACCACCGUCACCACCCCUAAACAACACCACACCCAGGGAGGCUGGAGAAGUGGGGGACUGGAGAGGAGAAUCCGAAGAAGAAUCUCACAGAAAUCUAGAUGAUAUUGAAGAAGUAGAGAAAGACGUAAAAGACGAAGUGGAGGACGAUCCUCUCCAAUCUCAGGAAAGUCUCGAUCACACUCACCCUCUCAGUGAUCGAGGACCAGCUGUGCUAAACCUCCACCCACUGGUGUCUUCCCUCUUAAGUGGUGGUUUAGGAUCAUUAACUACUCUACCAUUUUUGACAUCUAAUCCAGGUUCUCAGCUGGCAUCUGGGCUUCUCCUUCCUCAUGCUGUGUCAUCCUUUUCAACAGCGGAUUCUGAGCUAUGUCAAACGAUUCUGAGGUCUUCCAUGGAUGCCACUUCCAUUACCUCCACCUCACCAACGACAGCUACCUCCGCCCCGACUACGACCGCCACUACCUCAGGCACAUGUACUUCUACCUCAGGGGCGUCCGUCACUAUUAAUGGUGUUUCUCAGGCAAUUCUAAACACAUCUCCCAAUACCACAUCCGCCCCCUCAACUCCCGUAGACAAACACGCAAGAACAGACUCUCCAGCUGAGCCACCAUUGGAUGACCGUCUUCAUCAGCGUCUGUCAGGUGUAGAGACCACAAUCCGACACACGGAGGAACAGCACCAGACACAACUGCAGCUGCUUAGAUUACAGAUAGCGCAGUCUGUAGCAGAGCACGAGGCUAAGAUGAGAGUCUUAGGAGCACAGCUAGAGUACUGGCAGCGGCGUCUUCGUGUGCAGCAACGGGUCUCCAACGCCUUGUCAUCUAUCACCCAAAACGACCCCGAUUUUGAAGAUGAGCCGCCAGCUUGACCUUUCGUUACCUCCUUUAGUAACUGUCCCUGUCGAGAGUAGCAGAAGUAUUUCGUUGCAGGUAGAAUGCUAGAAAGGUUGUGAAUAGUUAUCACGAGUGAAAUAAUGUCAAAAUAGUAGUUCUGGUAGGUAAAACAAGGGUCAACUCCUACAAGAUCAGGCUGGAAGUCAUUCACUAGUAUGAUGUAAUCAUUCCAGAAAUGUUUGUGUAAGUAGUAAGUACAGCGUCGUACCCAUGUCGUUGGCCUCAAGUUUGCACUAUCAAUACGGCUAUUAGAUUGUUCAGGAUAAGGAAACAAGUAUUACAAAAUAGUCAUUACUGAUUUACCUCAAGAGUGGUAUGUAUGUAUGUUGAUAUAUGUGAGCUGUAAACAGUGAAUGUGUAUUAAAUAAUAAUAAACCUCCUGGAUGUGUGUGUAGGCCGGAGUGUGUGUGUUGGGGUCGGCCAGUUGGUCAAUACCCGCCACUGCUAACAAUUAUAUUUUGAUGCACUCACCCUGGCUCAGCUGUUCCACCACUCAGCUUUAACACAUCAACCAACUGGCACUGAAGGACUCUCACAUCUAGAGUUUUUGGAAGCCUGGAGGAUGUAUUGAUAAUGGAAUAUGUUGUCAUGCGUCUCAGUGAUUGUUCCCACACUCUGGUACUGGACAAAUCUACCUACAAAAAAAAACCUGUACAUAUUCCGUAUACCUGAUUGUAUUUACACAGAAAAUAUAUUUUUAGUAAAUCAUUGUGUGGUAUAUCAUCAAUAAAUAAGAUGAAGUA